AUGUACCCCCAAGACAACAGCAAUAACUCUACCCGCUGCAACCCCGGCACUGCAGUAGCGGCAGCAUCCCUUCCUGACUCCUUGGACUCUCUGAGCAUGGCAGCCAUGAUGCAACAGAAUCUCAGGGCAGGACGUUUCACCCCGUCCUCCGCUUCCCCUGAUCGACCCAUGAGCUUGGUGGAGUUGCUUCCUCACGUGUCGCUUCGCCCGUUUUCGAGCGUGAAUCGGGGCAACGAAGGCAGGAUCCGACCAGCAUUCGCUCAAGACGCCUUGACCCGUGACCAAAUCUUGUCGGUUAUUGACAGGGCUCUGUCUACCUUGGAUGAGUUUGAUGAAAGUAAUGGAGUUGGGCAAGGACGUCGGGGUUCCACCCCGUCUUCCGAACUUCAGUCUGCUCAGUAA